AUGGCAGAUCCACGUUCCGCUCAAGACGUUAUCGCGGCCUUGAACCUUACUCCUCAUCCUGAAAAGGGUUACUUUAUUGAGACUUUCCGAGACACUGAAGGCACACCCGAGCACCAAUCUCAUAGCACAUGUAUCUACUAUCUUUUGGAGGGCGACACUGGAGUUUCACACUGGCAUCGUGUACUUGACGCAACUGAGGUCUGGCAUCAUUAUGCUGGGGCUCCUCUAAAGUUGUCUUUGUCUUGGGAUGAUGGAAGCCCUGUGAGACACAAUAUUUUGGGGAAAGACUUGUGGAAUCAAGAGAAGCCUCAAGUGGUGGUGCAGAAGAAGGAGUGGCAGCGAGCUCAGAGCCUAGGCGCGUGGACACUGGUUGGAUGCACGGUCGCUCCAGCAUUCACUAUGGAGAACUUUGAGAUGGCCAAUGAAGGAUGGGAGCCAAAAGGGGCAGCCGAUGCAGCCAAGAAUAAUUAA